AUGUGCUUGCUUCUCUGCGUUCUCUACCUCAGAACCUUGUGGAGCAUUAUCUCUACCUGCACUCUGACUUUUCUCGCAUGUAUUUAUAGCGCCAUUCAUCCCAAUAUUCCGAGUCCUCAUGACAGCGACUUUCGUAUUCUAUGGCGACAGUUUGGCAUCAUGGUAGUCGCAGUACCCGACCUGAUCGUUGGAUGGGCUCUGCGCCAGUGGCUCUCGGCUCAUUACACAUGGACUCAGACUCACAGCUUCUUUGCUCUGAUGGGCGGUUUCAUGCUUUAUGUGGACGGGGAACCCUACCAAACACUAUCGCCUGACCACCUUCUCCAUCUGAUACGUCAUGGGUAUAUCUGUGGCCCGACCCUGACGGAAAAGCAGAUCUCCGACCGGAGCAAAGGGAAUGUGAUAUCCAAAGGAUCAAUCCUCCUUCAGGGGUCUUGGUUUACUCUGCAGCUCCUUUCCCGCACCAUCUAUCACCUCGAGCCCACACAGUUUGAGGUGGGAACACUCGCGUUCGUGGUUCUCAACUUCAUUACAUAUACCGUGUGGUGGCAUAAGCCUCUGGAUGUAGAUUGUCCUCAUCCAGUCUACUGGACCAUCUUUAGCGGCAUCCACUGUCUUAUGGCGCAUAUGUGCCGUCACUACAACUGUCCUACCCUGGCUUGGUCUCGCGGUGGGCUUCGUUCUGUAUAGAUGGAGAGCUAAUGAACAGGGUUCAGUGAAGUUUAAAGUGUUGCUCUUAACGCUGCCUGCAUUUUACGUCGUAACGCGUAUCAUCAUUUUCCUACUUAUGUUCACCACUUUGCGCAAUCUUCCUCCUGAC